AUGUUGACUUGUAUUGCGUGUUCAAAGCAACUUAACAAUGGAUCUUUGCAACAAAGGGAGAGAGAAGAGGAUGACGAUGUUGCUGUUUUUGAGACGCCCAGGACUAAGCAGGCCAUCAAGGCUCUCACUGCUCAAAUAAAGGAUAUGGCAGUAAAGGCCUCAGGAGCAUAUAGAAACUGCAAGCCAUGUUCAGGAUCCUCGAACAAUAACAAUAACAGGAACUAUGCUGAGUCUGAUGCUGCCUCAGACUCGGCAAGGUUCCACUGCUCGUAUCGUAGAACAGGCAGUUCCAAUUCGACCCCAAGAAUGUUAGGGAAAGAGACGGUGGCAAAACUAAAAGGGCAAUCAAGUGGUGAAGGCACACCUGCUUCAGUAAGUGGGCGGACAGAGUCUGUGGUAUUUAUGGAGGAAGAUGAGCCUAAGGAGUGGGUUGCACAAGUUGAGCCUGGUGUUCUCAUCACUUUUGUUUCAUUGCCUGAGGGUGGUAAUGAUCUGAAGCGGAUUCGGUUCAGUCGUGAAAUGUUCAACAAAUGGCAAGCUCAAAGGUGGUGGGCUGAGAACUAUGACAAGGUCAUGGAAUUAUACAAUGUUCGACAGUUCAAUCACCAAGCAGUCCCACUUCCAACUCCACCAAGAUCUGAAGAUGAGAGCUCAAAGCCCGAAUCUGCCAAAGACGGUCCCAUGACUCCCCCACUAGGUAAAGAACGCUCAUGCAAUUUUCACCGUCCAACAGGAAUGGGUUAUUCUUCAUCAGAUUCGCUUGACCACCACCCAAUGCAAUCCCACCAACAUUAUGAGUCAGCUGCUCUUGCUUCAACACCAAAGCUCUCUAGCAUUGUCGGGGCUAAAACGGAGACAUCAUCGAUAGAUGGUUCUGUGAGGACUAGUAUGUCAAGAGAAUCAGAUCGCUCAGGAGAAUUUUCCAUCAGCAAUGCAAGUGAUAUGGAGACUGAAUGGGUCGAACAGGAUGAACCAGGGGUAUACAUCACCAUCAGAGCACUUCCAGGUGGCACUAGGGAGCUUAGACGUGUCAGGUUCAGCCGAGAAAGAUUUGGAGAAACGCAGGCAAGGUUGUGGUGGGAAGAGAACCGAGCCAGGAUACAAGAACAGUACUUGUAG